AUGGCCCUCGUGGGCGCUGUCUACGCUGCCCCCUACGGUGGCGGCUACGGCGCCUCCAGCAGCGGCGGCUACGCUGUGCCUUCCUCUUCCGGAUACGGUGCCUCUCCCUCCGUGAGCAAGCCCUACGAGGCAUCCAGCACUCCUUGCGAAGAAGAGAGCAGCAGCAUGCCUCCGGUUGUGACCUCUUCGACUUACGUCCCACCUGUCGUCACCUCCAGCUACCCGGUUCAUGAGUCUUCAAGCGUCCCCCAUGUCUCCUCCAGCACGCCUUGCCCGGAGUCAAGCACCCCUGUUGUGCCAUCCUCCACCUACACUCCCCCCGUUAAGACGUCGACCUACACUCCCCCAGUCGUUACGUCGACCUACACUCCUCCGGUUGUGACUUCGACCUACACUCCCCCGGUCGUUACGUCCACCUCCAUCUACGUACCACCCGUGAGCUCCAGCUCUCCCUGCCCGGAGACUGAGACCAUCACCGUGCCGUUCUCGAGCUCCAAGCCCUACGUGCCAUACUCGAGCUCUAAGCCUUACGUGCCAGAGGUCUCCAGCACCACUGAGGUCACCAUCACCUCGACUGUUGUCAUUCCUCCCAGCUCCACUCCUUACGUACCCGAGGCUUCCACUUACCCUGUGGUCCCUCCCGUCGUCACCUCGUCUGUACCCGUCCCGGAGGUCUCCACCUACCCGGUCGUCCCUCCCGUCGUCACUUCGUCUGUACCUGUACCGGAGGUUUCCACCUACCCAGUCGUCCCUCCCGUCAUCACGGAGUCUGUGCCCAUCCCAGCGGUUUCCACCUACCCUGUGGUCCCUCCCGUCGUCACCUCAUCCGUGCCCGUCCCUCCCGUUAUCACCGAGUCUUUCCCCAUCCCUGAGACUUCCACUCCCGUCGUCCCCGAGGCGUCUUCGUCCGGAUACGCCCCUCCCCCUCCUGUUAUCACUGAGUCUGUCCCCAUCCCGGAGACUUCCACUCCCGUCGUCCCCGAGGCGUCUUCCUCCGGAUACGCCCCUCCUCCUCCUGCUGAGGAGACUACCACUGUCGUUGUUCCCCCUGCCUCCUCCCACGCCUCCACACCCGUCGGUACCGCCUCAUCAUCCAUUUACCACGCCUCGUCCGCUACCUCCCCUGGCUACCCCGAGUACACUGGCGCUGCUAGCUCCACCAAGCCCCUCGCUGCCUUCAUGGCCGGUGCUGCCGCUCUCGCUUACUUCGUCUGA